UAGUAAUUGAAGAAAUUCACAGCCUCUCUAGUAUAGCCUCUCACUUUCACAAGUAUCUCGGGGCUAUUCCUUUGUCUCCCCCGCUCUACUCUGCUUUACCCUUUCGCACUAACUUCAUCCCUCCCAAUUGAAGUGAGCAGCAAAAAAGAAGAAAGGAAAAAGAAAAAAGGAAAGUGUGUCAACCAUUUCUCGUGAUUUUUCUCCAUUUCAUCUUUCUACUACUCUCUCUCCUACUCUACCUUCAAUAAUACUUAUAAUCUUCCUCUUUUUCACCUCUAAAAACCCUAAUUUUCAUGCUUCUUCAACACUCAAAAAAGAAGAAAACUUUUCUUGGUUUCUGUUCUUCAGCUCCAUAUUCCAGGUGAUUUUGAUGUUGGGUUGGCGUACCUCGUAUGCAUGUAGCUGAAUGAUUGGAUGCUAUUUGUGGCUCCUAUAGUUUGGAUAAAAGUAGCUGCUGUUUCCGUUCAAUCUAAUGCGAUUGCUUGUUCUAGCAAUCUCAAUUUCAAUAUGAUGGAAGAGCUUUAUGGUUUUUGUUUUCUAUAACUCAGGCUUUUUGCACCUUACUAUCUCCAAGGGAUUAAUCUGAGAUGGGUUAGUUUUGAGCAUAUUAUCUACAGCUUCGUGCCCAUUUUGUAGACUCGGAUGAUUGCAUCAAAGAUGGAUGUUCUGGCUAGCAAUUGUGAAAUUGUGGAGGUCGAGGAAGAAAAUAUGAAUGAGAAAGCGCGGAAGCAUUACGUGUCUAGACAAGGACGUGUUUAUUCCAUUGGAGAUGACAUCAAUCAGCUAUUUGACUCUGUAAAUAUAAAGAAUUCGAGAAAAGGGAAAGCUAUUCAGAGGAAUCCUAUGAAGCAACCCAUUAGGGCCAAGUCUCCACAGACACUCGGUAUUGAAAUUUCAGAAACAGUAAACCUGAAACAGGCUCUAAGGGGAUUGUGCAUCUCACAAGCAUCAGAGAUGGCUGCCUUGAAAAAGCGGACAAUGAAACCUAGGGGCUCAUCUGGGAUGUCAUACUUGGGACCAAUGAACCGGCUGCACAAGACAGUAGUGGUCCAGGCGAAGGGAUCUGGUCUAGCAACUAGUGAAGACAAGAGAAAUCUGGUAGAGAUCUCUUUUCCUGGUAAAAUUAUGGCCAAUCUCUCUGAGACAAUUCCUGAAUUUGUUGAAGCUUCUGCUCCCUGUUCUUCAAAUCAGACCUGCGACCCUUCUACCUCACUUGCUUGGACAGCAGCAACUAAGACAAAGAUUGUCGGAGUACCACCACAGGAUAAGAUCUUGCCUUUGGCAUCAGAAUGCACAAGUAAAAGAUCUACUACAGAGCAGUUUCGUAAGCUGAACUCUGUGGAAUCUGUACAGGGUAAGCAUACUAUUAAAAAUGUUCUAGAGGUAGAUGACUUGGUUUCUGCUGAUAGAGCUAAGGAUCAUAGCCAAGCAGAUGCGUUGCAUAGAGAGUCACGCCAAGCAAGCAGUGGCAUUGAUGGGAAAAUAAAGAAUGCAAGAAGCAGCAGCCCUCGACUAAUAAAGCCAAUCUUUUGGAACAAGAACUUGGUCAAGAGGAAAGUCAAGGCAGAGUCUGAUUAUAUCUCUUGCAAGUCUCAUGCAGCUAAAGGAAUAGUUGGUACAGAUCCUUGUCUCAAUCCCAGGACUAAUAAGCUGGUUGGCAAGGCAAGCAAAGUUUCUUUGAAGCAUGCGCAUAAAAUUGAUGGAAACUUAACUCCAAUAUGCAAUAGUGAAAAUGCCUGCACAGAGCUCAGUUAUGGUCCAAGUAGUGAAAUUGUAAAAGCUGAUGGGAGAUCAAGAUUUAAGGAGAAGGGAGAGCUCUCUCAGAGCUCAAAAAGUAGCAUUGGUGAGUUUAGCAGCAGCACAAGUGAAGAGAGCAGUACAAGCGGGUCUAGCCGCUGUUGUACCCGGCCGCAUAUGUCAAAAGACGCGAGAUGGGAAGCUGUUCACUAUGUUCAAAAGGAGCACGGAUUCUUGAGUUUGAGACAUUUUAAGCUGCUGAGGAGGCUUGGUUCUGGGGACAUUGGAACUGUCUACCUUGCAGAGCUUGUGGGGACCAAGUGCCUGUUUGCUAUGAAAGUCAUGGAUAAUGAAUUUUUGUCUCGGAGGAAAAAAUUGGUACGGGCUCAAACAGAAAGAGAGAUCUUGCAAAUGUUGGAUCACCCUUUCCUUCCUACGUUGUAUGCCCACUUUACUACGGAUAAACUCACAUGCUUGGUUAUGGAUUUUUGUCCUGGUGGGGAUUUGCAUGCUAUCCGCCAGAAACAACAAAACCGGUGUUUCUCAGAGCAUGCAGCUAGGUUUUAUGUUGCGGAAGUUCUUCUAGCACUGGAGUACCUUCACAUGCUAGGAAUUGUGUAUCGGGACUUAAAGCCUGAAAAUAUCCUGGUUCGAGAAGAUGGGCAUAUUAUGCUAUCUGAUUUUGAUUUAUCUCUCAGAUGUGUUGUCAACCCAACUCUCUUCAGAUCAUCUUCACCCAUAUUUGAGCCUGCAAAGAAGACACCUUCAGGUCUAUGUUCAGAAUCUAGCUGCAUUGAUCCCUUUUGCCUCCAACCAUCCUGGCAAAUCUCGUGCUUUACCCCUAGGCUCUUAACUACUGCAUCCAAAAGCCGGAAAUUCAAAUCUGAACAAGCUGUUCAGAUUACUCCAUUGCCACAGCUCGUAGCAGAACCAACUGAAGCCCGCUCCAAUUCCUUUGUCGGGACUCACGAAUACUUGGCUCCAGAGAUUGUUAAAGGGGAGGAUCAUGGGAGUGCUGUUGAUUGGUGGACAUAUGGGAUUUUCCUAUACGAGCUUUUAUAUGGUAAGACACCAUUUAAAGGAUUGAGUAAUGACGAGACAUUAGCCAAUGUGGUAUCACAACCUCUCAGAUUUCCAGACACACCUUUAGUUAGCUUCCAUGCUAAGGAUUUGAUUAAAGGGUUAUUAAGUAAGCACCCACAGCAUCGUCCGGGAUUUGUCAGAGGUGCUGCUGAGAUUAAACAGCACCCCUUUUUUGAGGGGUUAAACUGGGCAUUGAUACGUUGUGCUGUACCACCAGAACGACCCAAGUUUCUUGAUGUCAGUAAGGGUCUCUUUUCAAGCAAGAAGGAUGAUAAGAAGUCUUUGGGAGUUCAGAGCAGCGAGCUCAUUGAGUUUGAGCUAUUUUAGGCAUAUAUGCUGUUUUUGCAGCAGUUGAAAAUGUUUCCAAAAUUUUCCUCUGUUCCCCAGAGUGAGGUAGUUAGGUAUCUCAUACAUGUAACACAUGCAUAGCUCUUAAUGUAAAUGCAAGAAAUUAGCUAUAUAAUCUAUGAAAAAAAAAAAUUCUUAAUUAUUUCUCGUUUUAUACUUCCUCCGUUUCGUAAUA